AUGUGGCCGUUUGGAAACAGCAGCAACUCGGACAAGCCGGCACCGCCCCAGCCAUCUCCUCGAGAAACCGAUCCUCUACAGGACAAGGUAGAGAAGAAGGUUGUCGACGCCAAGAACGCCGUCCAUGACAAGUUCGAUCCCAAAAAGCUGCCCCCGCGGGAAAAGCUUCCGGAUGGUCUCCAGAAGAUAAUCGACAAGACUGACAAGGACGAUAACUUUUACGACGAUCUUGUCGAGGGCUACGCUCCACCGUCGACCGACUCCAACGUCCGUUACGCCGCCUACGCCUCCCGCUUCCGCACCAUCCUCCUGUCCGCCCACCGCUACGUGGCCUACACCUCCGACAUUGGCGAGUCCUUCCGCCCCGUUGCGCACCCGUGGCUCGUCCGCGGUGCCUACGGUGUUUCGUGGGCUUACAUCCUCGGCGACGUCAGCUACGAAGGCUACAAGGCCUACUUGCACAACGCGCGGGUGCUGGACCCCAACAUUGAGCUCACAUCGCGCCAGCAACGCAUUUUGGGUCUGAUCGACGAGAACGGCAACAAGAAGCUGGAGGACGACAAGCCGACGCCCGGCAAGAUCACGCCCCUCGAAGACUACCGCACCGUGAUGCUGCAGCGCGGUAUCUUCCAGAGCGUGGCCAGCAUGGGUCUGCCUGCGUUUACAAUCCACAGCGUGGUGCAGUACAGCGGUCGCGCGCUCAAGGAUGUGAAGAACAAGACGAUCCGGACUUGGGGUCCCAUUGGUCUCGGUCUGGCGGUCGUGCCCUUCCUGCCUACCUUGUUCGAUAAGCCGGUUGAGAAUGCGGUCGAGUGGGUCUUCCACAAGGGCUUCGAAACGUUUGGCGGCAAGGAGGCGGUUGGCCAUGCGCCACUUAUCGGGAGAGAAAGGACGCUCAGCGAGAAACCUGCUCCUUCCAAGGAGAAGAGAGAAUAA